AUGGCUACCCGCUCCAGGACAGCCUCUCAAGCCCAAUCCCCCUUCAAUCAGGGAUACCUGGAACCCGCACUUCCGCCAACCACCCCUGUCAAAUAUGGCAAGGUAUCCCUUGAACGAGUCACACGGCUCCUCCUCGGCCUCCUUGGCCAAGUCAAACGCCUUGAGCAAGAAAUUGCCAAGAUCAAGGAAGCCGGAAUUGAGACCCGGACAAACGUUGAGAACAUAUCCCAAACCAUUGAUGUUGUCAAGGAUGGGCUCAGGUCCCUUCAAACCCAUGGUCCCUGCACACCCAAAGGACCCCAAGCCAAGGCUGUGGAAGAAACGCCACGCCCCCUACAAAAAACCGAGCCUAUUGGAUUGGCUAGUGGGGUCCCCUUCUGGUCAGAAGCACCCAAGGUCCUCCCUGGUUUGGCCCAGCCAACCCCAAGAAGAGUCGCUCCCCCGCAAGUCCCAUCUCCCCCUACAUCUCCGCGUCUCCGAUCCCCAAUUGGAGCACCUGCCCCUCUCCCUCCGGCUCCAGCAGCCCACUACCCCGCUCCGGUCAAGGUUGACCACCCCAAUGCCUACACAGGCAAAAUAGGAAGCAAGGCAAAGCAGUGGCUGACCAGGAUGCUGGCCUGGACCCGCCUUAACUUGCAAAUGUUCCCAACCAAUCAGGAGGUUCUAUCCUUCCUCCUGAUGAACAUGAAGGACUCCGCCAGGGCAUGGGCCCAUCCACACCUUGACCAGCUUGGAUCACACCGGGCUAUCAUUCAAACAGUCGAGGGUUUCAAGAUGGAAUUCCUGGCAGCAUUUGGCAACCCUGACGCCACAAGGGCCGCUGAGCGGAAGAUCACCACCCUCACCCAGUCCGGCACUUGCGCGGACUAUAUCACAAAGUUCAGGACCCUGGCCAUGGAACUGGACUGGAAUGACGCGGCCCUUCAAGGCCAGUUUGCCCGUGGCCUCCAUUGGGAGGUCAGCCGUCAAAUUGCAACCCGCAAACACCGUCCCCGUACCCUCUUAGAGCUGCAAAAUGCAGCACUUGUCAUCAAUAAUGCCCUCCGUGAGGAGCGUGCUAGCCAUCCGCCAAAGGAUAGUAAGUCUAGCAGACCAACUAACCCCGCAAGGGGGACAAGUACUGGCCAGUCAAACACCGGUUCUAAGAGACUCUCCGACGACCCAAACUUUGUGUCAGAAGAAGAACGGAACCGCCGCUGCGCCGCUGGCGCCUGCAUCAAGUGCGGCAAAAUGGGUCACAAGUUUGCGGAAUGCCACAUGGGCUGGAAGGCCACCCCUAUCAAGGAUAAGGGGAAGGCUAAAGAAACCGCCAAGAUUGGCAAAGACUCCAAGUACCAAUUGGGAAAAGAUAAAAAUAGAAUCUCCCCGCUUUUCACUAUUUCAAUCAAGCCAGAGAAACAAGCGGACCACUUAGAAGUCCUGAUAGAUUCAGGCGCCACAUCAUUGUUCCUACAUCCACGCACUGCUGAGGCAUUACGCCUACCACUCAUAGACCUCCCUACACCCCGCACCGUUACUAUGCUUGAUGGGUCAAGCCCCCAGGCUGGCAAAAUCUGGAAGAAGGCCAUACUGACCUUUUCCUUUGAUGGCAAACAAAUGACGGAGACCUUCCUAAUCUGCAACACAGGAUCUCACGCCGCCAUCCUAGGAUUGAAGUGGUUAGACGCCCACAACCCGGAGAUUGAUUGGAAUCUGCGCACCCUCUCCUUUCCUCACAUCCCACCAGAACAAGUAACCAUUGCCAAAGAGGAGGAAGCCGACAAAGACCCUCUUGAAGGAGUACCCCCUGAAUACCAUCAGUAUGCUAAGGUAUUUGGGGAAGAAGAAUUCAAUAAGCUCCCUCCACACCGGCAUUACAACAUUGGAAUUGAACUUACGGAAGAAGGGCCCCUCAACUCUCCCCUCUACAGCAUGACAGACGCUGAAUCCGCCACACUCAAGGACUGGCUCAGGGACGAGUUGAAAGCUGGGAAGAUCCGACCCAGUAAAUCCUCAAUCAGUUCCCCUGUCAUGUUUGUUCCAAAAAAAGAUGGUUCCCGCCAAUUAGUAGUUGAUUACUGGCGUCUAAAUAACCGGACAAAAAAGAACGUUUACCCGCUACCCCGUCCUGACAACCUCAUGGCCCAGCUCCGCGGCGCCAAGGUAUUCACCAAAUUAGAUCUAAGAUGGGGUUACAACAAUGUCCGUGUCAAGGAGGGUGACAAAUGGAAAACCGCCUUCCGCACCAAGUACGGUAUAUACAAGUCCCUGGUCAUGACAUUUGGCCUGACAAACGCCCCCGCCGCCUUCCAGCACUUCAUGAACGAAUUGUUCAAGGACUUACUGGAUGUAUGUGUCAUCAUCUACCUUGAUGAUAUCCUAAUCUACUCUAAAGAUGACGCAACUCACACAAAACACGUCCAUGAGGUUCUGAGGCGGCUAAUGGAGAACCAACUCUUUUGCAAGGCAUCUAAGUGUACGUUCCACGUCACCUCUGUGGAAUGCCUGGGAAUCAUUGUUUUGGACAAGGGUUUUAGUCUGGAUAAGCUCAAAAUCCAGGCAGUCCAAGAAUGGCCCACGCCCACCAGGAUCAAGGAAGUACAAUCCUUCCUGGGCUUUGCCAAUUUCCUCCGCUGUUUUGUUGCCAACUUUAGCCACAUGGCUAGGCCAUUACAUAAUUUGGUAAAGAAGGACACGCCAUGGAAAUGGGACACCCAGGAACAAGAAGCUUUUCAGGGACUCAAGGAGGCCAUCACAAAUGCUCCCGUACUUUGCCAUGCCGACCCUGCCAAGCCUUACUUUUUAGAAACGGAUGCUUUUGGAGCAGCACUGGGUUCCAUAUUGAGCCAACGCCAGGAAGACGGUUGCCUACACCCCCUGGGAUUCCUGUCAGAAUCAUUCAAAGGCGCAGAACAGAACUAUGACACGCAUGACAAGGAAUUGCUAGCAAUCAUUUGCUCCUUUGAAUACUGGCGUAUCUUCUUGGAAGGAACCCUACACCCUGUCACUGUGUUCACUGAUCACCGCAACUUGGAAUACUGGAAGGAGUCCCGUACGUUCAACCGCCGCCAUGCCAGAUGGCACCUGCUACUAGCCGGAUAUAAUUUUCAUAUUGUAUACCACCCAGGCAAACAGUCCGGCAAACCAGAUGCCCUGUCACGCCGAUCAGACCACGCUGACGUCCCACCUGCGCCACAGACCAUGCUACCAGACCCAGUAUUUGCCAACGUUGCCCUAGUCACACCAGAAAAAGAAUUGCAACGCCAAAUUGAAGCAUCUCUAGAUCAGGACAAGUCCUUGGAGGAAAUACUCCAGUUUCUACAGAACAAGUCAAAAGCCCCACCUUCCAUCAAAAGAGCCUUCAAAGAUUACCAAAUGGAGGCAGGCCUACUCUUCUAUCAAGGACGCAUUGUGGUUCCAGAUGUGGGUACCCUAAGAACAGAUCUCCUGCGCAUUUUCCACGACAGCCCCCUAGCGGGGCACCCAGGGAGACAACGCACCUUAGAACUAAUCUCCAGGAAUUACUACUGGCCUGGGAUCCGCGCGGACACGUAUUGGCAUGUUGACUCUUGCAAAACAUGUCAACGGAUCAGAAAGCCCAAGUAUACAUCCAUCCCACCUCAACCCCUGGAACUGCCAACGCGCCCCUGGCAACACGUGUCAUACAAUAUGAUAGUGGACUUACCUAAGGACGGAAGUAAUGAUUCUAUCUUGGUCAUCGUAGAUAGUUUCACUAAAUACGUCAUCCUGGUGGAAUGUUCUAAGAAACUAAAGGCACCCGAACUAGCGGACCUGUUCCUACGUCACAUAUGGAAACGUUUUGGCAUGCCGGAGAAAACAGUCUCAGACCGUGGAAGGGUAUUCAACAACAAAUUCCUAAAGGCACUAUACCAAAUGUCGUAG